UCAGCCCGGCCGGCCGGCCGCGGCCGGAAGCGAAGACUACUAUCGGCAAGGGCAACCACGAGCCGACUCCCCUCGGCGCACGCGGUAGAUCGGUGAGUUCCGAGCGUACGCCAUCUUCCUCACUGGCGAGUAGACCUCCGUCAUCUCGCCCGGGCAGGCAUGGCCAAGAAGCUUGAGAAGAACGAUGGUUCCCAGCCUUGGGCGUCAACCAAGAAAAGAAUCGAUGGACCAUUUUGCAGGUGCCCACUCCUUUAGCUCCGAAAGAGUAAGAUUCUUCUUUCUUUUUUAACUUUGUCAGGGACGGGAGUAGUAUAAAAGAGAGUGCGAUUAGGCAGGGCAAGUGUUAAACCGUUUCUGAGAUUUGUUGGAUCUAUCAAAGUUGGUCGGGGGUAUCUCUUGGGUGAAAUUCUACUUUCAGAUGUCAGCCAGUAUAGCUACUACUAGUUCACCGGGAACUCGGAUGGAGAGGCGGCUCCUGGAAGCAGCCAUGGCUGGCAAUGCCAGAUCAAUGAAGGAGAUGGCUGCACAGAAUCCAAGCCUGCUGCUCGGAACAACUCCUCAGGGGAACACCUGCCUCCACAUCUCCUCCAUCCAUGGACACGAGGGAUUUUGCAAGGAUGUGCUGAUGCUAAACAAUUCUCUUCUCACAGUCGCAAACAUGGAUGGUGAGACCCCACUGCUCACUGCUGUGACAAGCGGCCAGACGCCUCUGGCCUCUGUUCUACUUGAAUUUUGCCAAACGCUAGGGUUCAGUGAGGCAAUCUUGCGACAAGAUAAAAAUGGAUGUAAUGUGCUGCAUCAUGCCAUCCGCAAUGGACACAAGGACCUUGCGUUGGAAUUUAUAGAGAAGGAGCAUGCUCUGUCACAAGCUGUGAACAAAUACAAUGAGUCACCCAUGUUCAUCGCAGUGAUGAAAGAUUUUACAGAUGUUUCUGAGAAACUGUUGGAAAUUCCUGAAUCUAGCCAUGUUGGAACGUACGGCCACAAUGCCUUGCAUGCUACCGUGAGAAAUGGGAAUGCAGUUAUUGCUAAAAAAAUUGUGGAGGCACGUCCUUGGCUGUCCAGACAACAAACCAGAGAUGGGAAGACCCCAAUCCUGCUGACUGUACUUUGGGACAAGAUAGAUGUGCUACGUGUGUUGUUAGAACAUGAUGUGUUUUUGGGGUAUGAAGCAAGCAAUAAUGUUGCUGCUCCUCUGAGCCCUCUUCUUGUUGCUGCUGCAUAUCGGGGACAUGUUGAUGUUGCUCAGGAGCUCCUUGACCAUUGUCCAGAUGCUCCCUAUUGUGACAAAAAUGGUUGGACAUGCCUUCAUCAAGCUGUAAACGAAGGUCAGACGGAAUUCGUUGAAUUUAUCUUGAGGGCACCACAACUCCGUAAAGUCAUUAACAUGCAAAAUAACAAGGACGGACAAACUGCUCUGCAUCAAGCUGUCCGGAUGUGCAAUCCUAAAAUUGUUGCUUUGUUAUUGCUUCAUAAAGACACAGACUUCACAUUGUAUGAUCACAAAGGUGGCCAAUCAGUAAUUUGGCAAUUAUGGAGGGCCUCACAGCAUGCCAAGACUUUAAACUGGAAUGAAGUGUCCAUGCUUAUGAUUCAAGCUGAUCCAGAAGCUGCAACGACACUUCACCGUCAGGUAGCAAAGAAACGGGUGACUGAUGAAUCAACAAAGGAUGUUAGGUCACUGACUCAGACAUACACGAGCAACACUUCGCUGGUGGCUAUCCUCAUCGCGACAAUAACCUUCGCCGCUGCUUUCACCUUGCCUGGAGGAUACAGCAACGAUUCUGGAAGCGAGGGGCUCCCUGUCAUGGCGAGGAAGCUGGCAUUUCAGGCGUUCUUGGUUUCUGACACCAUGGCGAUGUGCUCCUCUCUUGCCGUUGCCUUCGUGUGCAUCCUAGCAAGGUGGGAGGAUCUUGAAUUCCUGCUCUACUACAGAUCAUUUACCAAGAACCUCAUGUGGUUUGCAUACAUGGCCACUACCAUAGCGUUUGCAACUGGCUUGUACACCGUGUUGGCCCCACGAAUACUGUGGCUGGCUGUUGCAAUCUGCUUCCUUUCGGUUUUACUGCCCAUUCUGACCAAGCUGCUUGGUGAAUGGCCUGUCUUGAAGCUCAGAUUUCGGUUAGGUAGAACUUUCAAGUCUGAUCUCCUUGAUAUGGUUUGACAUCACCGGACUUCUCUUGCCGGUUCUGCUUUCUAACACUAUAUAAAUUCAUGUGAAAUAUGUUUUGUAAUAUGUGUAUUUUGUUUUGGUGAUAUGCUCCGAAGAAAUCAUAGAGAUGAUGGUACCACAAACAAUACUUAUGAUUCAUGAAUGAAGUGUUACGCCCUC